AUGCCUGGACGGCUGACAGGAGGCGAGAAGACAGCGCAGACGAAUAUCGUGGUAGUAGGGAUUGGGAACCCUACAGACAGUCAUCUCGAUCGCCGCCGCCGCACCGGGGGCGCUACCGGGGCUGGGAAGGUGGCUACAGAGACAGAGACAGAGACCGUGAAAGCUACCGAUCCCCUCCCAGAUACGACUAUGAUGCGAACUAUAGUCACAGCCGCAGCCGCAGUCACUCCCACAGCCGAUCACGCAGUCGAGUUCGAAGUCGACCUCGGAGUCGAGCGCGUAGUCGAAGUUAUAGUCGCAGCAGAAGUUUCCAGUGAACUUGCCCAGUACUAUCAUGUUCGGGGCCUCGAGGACGUCCGAGUUAUUCGCGACAAACAAACAAACUUAGAAAUAUCACGGCAACUUGCAUUUAUCCGCUUUCCUUCCAUUGAUGACUCGCGUAAAUUCCUGGAAUUGAACUUCCCAGCUGUAUACCUGUAUGGCAAAGCCGGGGGCGAUGGCCAGGGCGCAAGGGUCAGGAUUGCCUACAGCCGUGAACGAGAGGACCGUAACAGGGCUCGAGCCGACGGGGAAUGGACCUGUAUUAAUAGUCUAACAUUGGUAGAUAUUGCCGUACCGCCCGUGGAGGAGACUGUCAAGGUAGCUAACUACGGGGACAACGAUGUUUCAACCGACGGCACUCCCUCGCAGUUUCUCCUCUUCCGAGGCCUCGAAUCAAGCGUUACCGAGGAAGUGCUGGCCAAGGGCGUUGCGAAGCUUUGCAAACAGUCCAAGUCCGCUGCGGCUUCGGCCUCAUCUGGUUCAUCCGGGGUCGGUGGAGCACCGGCAAAGAAAGUCGCCAAGGUCGCGUCUACAACCGGCGAUAGCAACCUCGGGGCUCGAGAUGGGUCAAUUCGUCGUGUUCUGUUGGUACGAGAUCGCCGAACGAACGAAAGCUGGGGUUAUGGAUUUGCGGAGUUUGCGACUGUGGAGGACGCUCAGUGCGCUCUUACUCGCUACACAUCCCUCGACACCUUUACCAUCUCCUCGAAGCCAGUGCUCGCCUCGUACAUCCACGCUGGCGUGUUUGUACCGGUUCUUAAUCUCAACCCAGGUGUUCAUAGCAGCACUACAGGUACGAACAGUGAGCUUGAGCGAUUCACCUUUAGCCCCCUUGGCAAUUUGGCUGCGAAGCUGGCUUACUGGGAUGAGGAGGCAUAUGCCAGCGAACUCAAACUUGCCACGGCUGCUGCCACGAGUGAGCUCAGUGGAAAGGCAGGGGGAACGGCCUCCGCCUCCGCACAGAAGACGAGUGCUGCCAGGGCGGCGCACCCUGGUCGGGAUGGGGAGAAAGAGAAGAAGAGGAAGAAAGUGGAGGCGACAGCAGGGGCUGCUGCUGGCUCUGCAACGAAGAAGAUCGCCAUGGCUUCGCAUCUCCAAUUCUGGAGCAAUCGCCAUGCGGAGUUGCAUGGCAUCGAUAGGCGCAGCGCCGAGACGGGCGAUGGGGAUCACUUCAACGACCCCGGCACGGCCGCUGCCCGAUCACAAUCCCAGUCGCAGGCAUCAACACCACAUCUCCAACCGGUCCAGCAGCAGCAUCAGCAGCAUCAGCAGCCAGUUCAGCCAGAGCAGCCACAUUUACAAGGACAGCAGUCCUACGCCGACCUUAACCGACUGUGUUGUUAUCUAUGCAUGAGAGAGUUCAAAUCAGAGGCCCACGUUCGCCAGCACGAACGUCUGAGCCAGCUGCACCGCGAGAACCUGCAAGAUGAGACACUGAAGGCCAAGGCACUGGCUAAGCUGGCAAAGAAGCGAACGCUCGCAGCGGACCAGACAGAGUAUCGCGAUCGCGCCAAGGAGCGGCGGAAGGUGUUUGGUUCGUCGAAGAGUAGGAAGAGAGAGGCUGAAGAUGACCGCCAGGAUGAGUACGAGCAAGGGCCUGGCAGUAACCCCGUUGGCUCUGAUACUGCUGCCAGCCCUCCACCAGCGCUGUCCAAGGGUGCUGCCUUGCUAGGGAAGAUGGGCUGGUCGGCUGGCUCUGGUCUCGGGGCGGAAGGGACCGGCAUGAAACAGCCGGUAGCAGCAGACUUGUAUGUGCAGGGCGUGGGUUUGGGUGCCCAGGGUUCAAAGGUUGGAGAUGCAGUCCAGGAAGCUGGCCGAAGCACGCGUGGGAAAUAUGAUGAGUUUCUCGAGAAGACUCGAGAACAUGCCCGCGAGAGGUACGAGAGGAUGAAGGACGAACAGGGCUAG